GUUCGUCAGACUUCCAGUUUCGCCGGGGUCUUCGGGGUCUCUCAGUUAGUUCCGCACGGACCGACGCUCCCUAGGAUGACCGGAGUCUUCGAGAACCUCAACACCGACAUGCACUCGAACCAGAUUACCUCCAGCGGCUACCACGGCCUGCACAAGUCGCAGGAGUCGCCGACGCUGCCGGUGUCGACGGCCACGGACAGCAGCUACUACGCCAGCCAGCAGCCGCCGCCGCCGCCGCCGCCGCCGGGACCCUGCGCCGGCUCUCCGUUCGGCCCGCUCGGCUCCUACCAGUACCACGACGGCGCGAUGAGCGGCGCGCCGUACAACGCCAAAUCCUACGACCUGGGCUUCGGCUCGUCGUACGUCGCGUACAACGCCUACGGCUCGAGCUCGUCGCCUGCCCCAGCCGACACAGAGAAGGACGAGAGCGAGCCGGAAAUAAGGAUGGUCAACGGGAAACCAAAGAAGGUGAGGAAACCUCGGACCAUUUACUCCAGCUUCCAGCUGGCCGCCCUGCAGCGAAGGUUCCAGAAGACGCAGUACCUAGCUCUCCCAGAGCGCGCGGAGCUGGCGGCCUCGCUGGGCCUGACGCAGACACAGGUGAAAAUAUGGUUCCAAAACCGGCGCUCCAAGUUCAAGAAGCUGUGGAAGAGCGGAGAAAUCCCCCCGGAGCAGCACGUCGCUUCCGGCGAGUCGCCCCCCUGCAACUCCCCGCCGACCACCGCCUGGGACUUCCCGCAGAACCAGAACCAGAGGAUGAGCGGCGCCGGCGCCACGUUACCUCCGAGCAGCAGCCCACCCGACACCACCGCGCCCUCCCUGCUGGCCAGCUACUCCUGGUACUCCGCCGCCACCUCCGCGGCGCAUCUGCAGCCCCCGCUCGUCCAGCACCACCACAACUCCGCCAUAAGCGCCGGGACGAUAUACUGAACCCCCCCUCCCCCCCUUGACUCUUAAUCGGACAGUACUGGUGAAGAAAGGGGCCACUACCCUCCUUUUACAGACCUCGCGCGCGUGCGCGCCACGCGAACUUGACACGCGGAACGUUUUAACGGAGCCGGACAGGUUCUCGGACCUCGCGCCAGUUUCCCCGGGCCUGGCCAAGUGGUAGAGAACCCCGAUUUCUACACUUAUUUUUGUAUUUAUUUAUUUUGUUUAUGUGGAGGAAUGACUGAACCACUAUUACCCAAAGCAGUCGCAGCCUACAUCAGAUCCCGGCCCAGGACGUCCCCCCUUCCAGCCCCUGCCGGCGAAACACAGACUGUAGCAACGACCUGUCGCCAAUGUAGCACAAGUUCACCUGUUCCGGUGCCUUCUGACCAUGACGUCAUUCUGUUGUACCAUAAACGCUGCUCACAUGUACACGCGUCCUCCUCCUCACGUGCUUGCUUGAUUUGCUUUGUGGGGGUAAGUGUCCGAGUCCCGCUCUGUAGAUACUAUGUUACCGCAGCGUCUCACGGGUCUGCCGCCUGACUCUUUUUAUACUGGUGCGGCCCCUUAACCCGCCGUAAGCUGCUGACGUCAUGCUCCCCCUUCCGGUUCCACUCCCAGCUGUACUUCUCUAUGUCUUAUUUAUUUUAGCAGUGUUGCAUAUAUGACCAAGACGUUAUUUAAAAUAAAAAUGAGGUUUUUUCUGUGCAUGUCCGUCACUGCUUUCCCUUAUUUGCAUAUAUAAGGUGCGCGUGCUGACGGACGAAAGCAUAGCUCUGCUGGGUCCCGCGGCACGUGCCUGUUCAAG